AACCUGAGAGAUCCUAAAGUUGAUUGUAAAGAAGAGAUGGAUGAGAAGUAUGGAGUGAUGCAAGAGUUCUCUGAAGAACACAAGGAUCUCUGCAAUAUGAUAGAGCCACCUUGUAACCCACCAGAGAGAUGUCCCCGUCCUCUGUAUUCCCGGGAAUCAACACAGGAAGAUCAUAACUAUGCACACCAUGAUCAGAGUGGAAACCUCGAGAAUUAUAAUAUUGUUGUUAAAGAAGAGUAUAAAGAGGAGGAUGAGGAGUAUGGAGUGAUGAAGGAUCUUUCUGAGGGACACAAGGAUGUGGAGGAACCACCUAAUACCAGGAACCCACCAGAGAGAUGUCCCCGUCCUCUGUAUUCCCGGGAUCCCACACAGGAAGGUCACACCAUCCCCCACCAUCAUCAGGGUGAAGAUCUGAUUAUCGUAAAAGUUGAGGAUGAAGAAGAAGAGACGUAUGUGAGGGAUGAUCAGCAAUAUACGGAGGAGGCUGGAAUGACGAGGACAUUCAUAGAGGAGGACACUCCUACAGAGAUCAGCACAGGACACGCCAUGGAGAAACCCUCAAAGGAUCGUCUCACUUUAUCUCCAGGUUGUAAAAUGGAAGAUGAGGACAUCACAGGAGAUUGUGGAGGAGAAAAGACAAUGAGCUCCACUAUGGAUGGAGGACUUCACAGUGUGGAUAGACCAUGGAAUCCCUCCAACUCUGAGCAACCUCGUACUGUGAGGGGUGGGGCCGGGAUUCAGGGGGAGGAGAAAUUACCCUGUCCUGAACGUGGAGGAAGUUUUCACUCUGAACUAGGUCUUACUGUCCUUCAAAGACCAGAAAUGGAUGAGGAGUUUCAUUUCUGUUCCGAGUGCGGAAGAUGUUUUCGUCAUAAAUCCGAACUCGUCAUACAUUACAGAUCUCACACAGGGGAGAAGCCGUAUUCCUGCCCUGAGUGCGGCAAAUGUUUUCCACAGAAAUCAAAACUUGUUUUACAUCAGAGGUCUCACACGGGGGAGAAACCAUUUUCCUGUCCUGAGUGCGGGAAAUGUUUUUCUCAGAAGGCCAAUCUUAACAAACAUCAAAGAUUGCACACGGGUGAGAAGCCGCAUACCUGCUCCGAGUGCGGGAAAUGUUUUUCACAGAAAUCAGACCUCGUAAUACAUCAAAGAACUCACACGGGGGAGAAGCCAUUUUCCUGCCCUGAGUGCGGGAAAUGUUUUUCAGAUAAGUCCAAGCUUUCUAGACAUCAGAGAUUGCAUAUAGGCGAGAAGCCGUAUUCCUGCCCCGUGUGCGGAAAACGUUAUUCGCGGAAACCUGAACUUAUUAUACAUCAAAGAUCCCACGCGGUGAAGAAGCCGUAUUCCUGCCCCGAGUGCUGGAAAUGUUUUUCGGAUAAGUCCAAUUUUUCGAGACAUCAGAGGCUGCACACGGGUGAGAAGUUGUACCCCUGCUCCGAGUGUGGAAUGUUUUUUUCGAACAGCAACCAUCUUUCCAGACAUCAGAGGUCUCACACGGGGGAGAAGCCGUAUUCCUGUACCGAGUGCGGGAAAUGUUUUUCACAGAAGUGCCAUCUAAACACACAUCUGAGGUCCCACACGGGGGAGAAGCCGUAUUCUUGUUCUGAGUGUGGGAAAUGUUUUUCACGGAAGUCCAUACUUACCGAGCAUCAGAUAUGCCACAUGCGGGAAAAUGAUGUUUCUUGUACUUAAUAUAAACUAUUUUUUUUUUUAUGAAGUCCUUUGAGGUACGUGGUGUCCUAGCAAGCCAGAUGGUGUCUUUCGCUAGGAACCCCCACUACUUGUUAUAUGCAAUCAAAGCUUUAUUAUAACGUCUGAGAACAAUAGGAAUAAGGAAAUAACACAAAUGUAUCAGGCUAAUAAAUUAGCAUGGAUAUACA